AUGUACCAGGAAAUCGGUGUCGGUGAUGCUCAGACGAUGGGGGAGCUCUGGUCUAAAGAACUACGCUACAUCUAUCUCCAGUGCGAGGGCUGCGUGCCGGACCACGAUGCCGUCGCGGAGGCGUUUCUGGUUGCCAUGCCAUCAUUGGUUAUCCUCGAUGUCGAAAUCUACCGCAAAGGGGCUUCCAGGGUGUCCCCAAGAUGCAUACGAUACCUUCGAGGAAAUCCUAGAGAGAAAAACACGGACAUUCAGUUCGUGUUCCCCAUCUGUGACGAUCUUCAGGAACCCCUUUGGGUGGAGGAAGUCGAAGAUCUGGUGAACCAUCGAUUGAAAGGCAUCGCUGGAGAGCCGCCGUCCCAAGACUCAUGA